AUGUCUACUCCGAAGCAUUCUUCGACUGAAGGCAGCGGCAGUGAUGCAGAAUCGCAUUCCCCAUCCAUCGCAGCAGCGGCGCGCAGCCGGUCGAGCCGGGGCCGAGGCCACAAGCACCAAUCAACUAAGGAAAGCGAAAGCACACGAGCCGGUCGGGACAACAAACAGACCUCUCGGGAAGACGGGCAGUCUACACGACCCUACUGUACAAUUGCCUGCAUCCGCGGCAUAGUCAACCGAGGCCCUCUGGAUAAAGAAUGCCCUAAUUGGAAACUCCACGGUGGUCAGAGACACUCCAUGGGACCGCAGGAGUUCACACAUCAGCUUCACCGUCAACUUGCCCGAAACAGAAACCACGGGUUUGAACAACUCCAUGUCUGUGGUCGGACGGGUUACCUCAUCAAAGCUACUCUUCUAUUACACGGAUACACUGUGAUCAUUAAGGCUACCACGAUGGAGAAGCAGCAUCUCCUUCAAGCGGAAGUGGACAAUUAUCGCUACCUCAGGAGCUUGCAGGGACACCAGAUCCCCGUCUGCCUUGGGGCCUUUACACCCCGCGUUGCGUAUUGGUACCAUGGCAAAUUAAUGGCGCAGAUGAUGAUUCUGAGCUGGUCUGGAUCACGGCUUCAGCAUAUCAUCAACGAUAAGAAUUUUGGAUUCUUUUACCAGGAGCGCGACAAAGCUCUGACCGUGCUCCAGUCGCAUGGAGUGGUCCAUGGCGACAGUGAGUGGCGCAAUAUGUUGUGGGAUGACCUAGGUAGCCGUCUGAUUGUUAUUGACUUGGAGGACGUGAAAUGGUUGAAGCGCCCUCGUACCCUUGAACCAACGUCUGGAAAUGCACGGCAUGGUCAUCGCGUGAAGGUGGGAAAAUCCGGGCAAAAACUCUUGUCCAGCUCAACCGCUGUUUGCACAUGA